AGGACAGGGUAGGACAGAGCAGCUCAGGGCUGGGCAGCACAGGGCAGGGCUGGGCAGCACAGAGUAGGACAUGGCAGCUCAACCCCUCACAUCAAUACCAGCCAUUCAGCCAAGUCACAAUGUAACGCUGUUAGAGAGGGGUUAUUGGUCGGAGGCAGUGACUUUUCCCUAUAAUUUUCUCUGAACUGGAUCCGUCACGCGAUUUAAUGAUACCACGGUGCAAAUGAUUACCGUCAUAUCCCGGCAUCUUUUUGAGUACUGCCGUGCGAUCUUUUAAUGUCACCUGAGGAGGUGGACAUGCCCUUGAUUUAAUGUCUGAUCUGAGGGACUGCAUCUCUGAUAAUACAGUGCACUCCUAAUAUGCAUUGGAUUAUCACUCUAGACUGGAUUUGACAAUGAAUCUUCUGCCAAAGAGCUCAAAGGAGUUCAGCUCUGCUGAGUAUUGGGAAGCAUUUUUUAAAAAACGGGGCACGAGCGCCUUUGAAUGGUAUGGGACCUAUGUGGAUCACUGUGCAGUCUUACACAAGUACAUCAAACCGACAGACAAGGUCCUUGUUGUUGGCUGUGGUAAUUCUGAACUAAGUGAACAGAUGUACGAUGUGGGGUAUCAAGAAAUGGUGAACAUUGAUAUCAGUGAAGUGGUUAUAAAUCAGAUGAAGGAACGCAAUGCAACACGCCGGCCCAAAAUGGCCUUCAUCAAAAUGGACAUGAUGCAGACAGAAUUUGCAGAUGCUCAGUUUCAGGUUGUGCUGGACAAGGGCACCUUGGAUGCCAUCAUGACGGAUGAAAGCAAUGGAACAUUGAACAAUGUGGACAAGAUGUUUGCCGAGAUUGGCAGGGUUCUGCAGGUCGGAGGCCGCUUUGUGUGCAUAUCACUGGCUCAGGACCACAUUCUGAAGAAGGCAGUGAGCUACUUCUCCCAGGAGGGGUGGAUGGUGAGGGUACACAAAGUUGCAGAGAGCGAGGAAAGGGCUGCUGAGAGACAAUUUUUUAUGCCAGUUUUUGUGUUUGUGUUCACAAAGUUCAAGAAAAUGCCAGGAGUCGCCCUAAAAAUUCUGGAGGUUUGUGUGGAUGAGCAGGACAAGCCACUCCGCCUGGAGAGUGCAGAGCUGCUAAUCGGGGCAGUGAAAGAACGGCAGCAAUAUGCACUUCUUAGGAAUCACCUGAAUAAGAAAUCCAGCACCGGGGAGAAUGUGUCGCUGAUGCUUUGUGAUAAAGCAUCUGGGAAACCUCGCUACACUUUGUAUGUGGUGGACCAACCCUCUGUGAAAACCUCACGUCAAAACCACUUUGCAAUUUUCAUAGUUCCACAGGGCAGAGAGACUGAAUGGAUGUUUGGAACUGACGAGGGUAGAAAGCAGCUUGGGAAAAGUGCUGAAUUCAAGCGCUUGUUAGUGGCCAUGUUGCACCGUGACCAGCACUAUGAGAGCAUGGAAGCCAUUCAAUCGGAGCUGUCUGGGAAGGUAUUGGAAUUGGCUCCUCCUGGACUACCACAGAAGCAGCAGGUUCCAGUUCUUUCAGUCGGUGGCGAUAUUGGUGUUCGGACAGUGCAGUACUGUGGCAGCAGCGAAAUGAGCGGGAAAUACGUGGUUGAAGAUAUAAGAGGGAAAGAUGACAGCUAUUUCCGCCAUCUCAUAUUCCUCAGCAAUGUCAAUGUGGUGCAGUCAGAGGUCAAACUCCUAUACAGUGUUUCACAGACAGCUUCACAGAAGAAGAAAAGGAAAGACAAGAAGAAACGGCAGCCAUAUUCAGAAGCUGACAAGUCUUCCAGUACAAAACCCGGUCAGGGGAUUGACAAGAGUUAUCUUUGCUGUGACCAUCACCGAACAAUGAUAGCUGGGCUGGCUCUCCUAAAUAAAAAGGAUUCACUUGUAGACAACCCGUUCUCUUUACUUGUGGUUGGUCUUGGUGGUGGCAGCCUUCCCUUGUUUGUCCAUGAUUACUUCUUGAAGUCAUCGGUCGAUGCUGUUGAAAUUGAUCCCUCCAUGCUGGAUGUAGCAACAAAAUGGUUUGGAUUUUCACAGGAUGAACGGAUGAAGGUGCAUCUGGCAGAUGGCUUGGACUAUAUCAGUGCACUUGCAGACAGUGGUAAUCGUUCCUAUGAUGUCAUUAUGUUUGAUGUUGAUAGCAAGGAUUCCAAGCUUGGAAUAAGUUGUCCGCCACCAGCUUUUGUGGAAAAAACACUUCUUCAGAAAGUUCGCAAUCUUCUUACAACGCAAGGACUCUUCAUUUUGAAUCUGGUCUGCAGAGACAGUGCACUGAAGGGGACAGUCAUGGCUGUGAUCAAGGAGAUGUUCCCUCUGAUUUAUCUGCAGAAGAUUGAGGGUGAAGUAAACGAAAUUUUGUUCUGCCGGCUGAAUGCAGAUGAUACGUCAGGGGUGAAUGAACUUCAGAAGGCAGGCCGUGUAUUGGAGAAUGCUCUGAAGAAACCCGGCACACACUGGGAUGCAACCUAUAGCCUAGCAGAAGCACUGAAGAAAGUUACCAUUGCUUGAAAGGCUCUGCACUUUUGGACAGAGGCAUGCGUGUACGAUGACGUUUGAGUUUGCAGUGAACAUUAUUGCUAUUUUCAGAGAACGCCAAGACUAUCAACUGAAAUAUUCAACGUUGCAUUUUCAAUGCAAUCAAAACUGUGCUGUGCCUUAAAGAUAACAUUUGGGAACAUAGGAACUUGGGAGUUUUUGUUUCAAAUUCUGAAAAAUAUUACACUGUUGGCUUAAUCAACACAAAUAUGCAAAUUAUGGCAGGAGUAAUUGAUGUUCAGGCAAGGCACCAGCCACACUAUUUCCUGUGUAAAGAGUUUCCUGUGGUGCGUGCGAAGCUGAAGACCCUGGAUUUUAAAUGGUAUAUCAGAGCAUUUCUGUCCUGACUGUAUUUCUGGUACCAGUUGUUGGGCACUAGAUUAAUCCUUUAUACCUUUCUAAGACCAUCCCCAAGAACAGUUCAAAUUAUCUCCUCCCCAAUGGGUGAGUCCAUCAGAGGUUGAGUGCUCCUUCAGCACACAAUGGGUGAUGUAUAGGGAAGUUGGGUAAUCAGCAUAAAAUUCAGGGUCCCCCCCCCCCCUCCCCAAACUCAGGUCCUUAGAAGACACUAUGGCCUUGUGUUUGCAGAUCGGCUGCUCUGGUCAGUGAUUCCCAGCACAUACCCUUUACAGUUUAGUGCAUCGGGGUCAAUAACAUGGGGGGGGUUCAUGUACUUUAUAAUUACCUUUCAGAAAGGUGCCUUUCAGAUGAUGAAAUGCAGUUUGGUUUAAAUUACUGACCUUUAUAUUCUUAUUUUUGUGGUAGCUUAGUUUAUCUUUUACUGGUGGUGUGUGUGUCAGGAGAGUGAAACCUGGCAACUAUGUGAAAAUCUGAGUUUUCUUUUAAAAUGAGCUUGUCAAAUUAUCUGAACUGCAAACUCAACUUUCUCGUAAUGACGUCUGAAUUUGAAAGAGAUUCUCUGCUGUUGGAAUAAUCUGUUACUUGUUGUAACACUGCAUAAUACACAUCUAUCUCAAAGUCAUUACUGAAUCUAACCCUUUUCAAGAUAGAAAAAUUAAAUUGGUAUGUUUACUGUACAUUA